ACUUGUGACGUCACGUCUGAAAUUACAAGACGCAAGUAAACAACGCUCGUGCAAUAAUUAAGUUUUUUGUGUCAUUAAAUAUGAAUUCGAAAGUGCAUAGGUGUUGUGGGGUCCCCCAGUGUAAGAACACAUCCAAAACAACUCCUGAUAAGUUAUUUGUGUACGUUCCUCACAAUAAACAAAUACGAAACAAGUGGCUUAAACUUGCAAGGCGAGAUUCAAAAGCAAUAUUGCCCAGGGUACAACUUUAUUUUUGUGAAGAUCACUUUGAUUUACCAAAUGAUAUGGAUAAUUAUAUGGAAUAUCAUGUGAUGGGCUCGGUGUCACAGAUUCGCAUGAAACCAGGUUGUAUGCCCACUAAAUUUCAAUGUCAACCAGAUAGAAGAAAACGAACAUCAGAUGCUACACCAAGACCAUAUAUUGUCAAAAAACAAAGAAAGACAUUGAUAGAAGAAUAUCAGAAAGAUUUAGAAGAAAUAAGUACAAAACAGGUGAAACUUGAAGAGAUGUCAUGUGGAAGUUCAGCUUCACAAGCAUUCAUUGGAAAUAUUUUACAAGAAAACACACUUAAGACAGUAGAUAAAUCAAUUCAAGUAUACAUGACAUAUAAGUUUAGAAGUAAAGCCAUCCAAACAAAAGCUAAUUUAGUAAACCAAAUGACAUCACCUCUGAAACCUUCAAGACAAUCUGUGUCUACAUCACCAUUUAAAAUUAAAAGUAACAUUGCUGCUAAACCAUCAAUAUCCAAUGUACAGAAAUUGCUCAAGAAACAUGAAGAAUCUGAUAGUGAUAUUUCUUAUACACCAUCAGUAACGCACAGAGAUACAUCACCGUCAACAAUAUCUCUACAAAUGAAAUCUACUUCAGACUGCAGCAAAUUGAUUGAAGAAGAUAAAAAACAAGUUAAUUCAAAAAUUCUGGAAUUAACAAUAUUAAAAAUAACAAAUAAUCCACGUUUCUACAUUGGAGUUCCUAAAAACUGUUUCUACUUAAUAAAUUUAAUUGCAGAAAAAUUACGUAUUCCUGUAAACCAUGUACUUAUGUGUUUAAGAAAAAUAAGAUUGAAUAACCCAUUCAGAGAGCUUGCUGAUGAUUUUUCAAUGGAUCCAACAUAUGCUAGCAAAAUAUUUCUAAGGAGUAUACCAUUAAUAGCUAGUAUAAUGCGUCCUUUUCUUGUAAAAUUAGAUAAGCAUUUAACAAAAAUAAAUUUACCUAUGGCUUUUAGGCACAAAUACCAUAAUGUAAGUUGCAUCAAAGACUGCCUAGAAAUAGAGGUGCAAAAGCCUUCAAAGGCUUUAAAUCAAUCACUCUCAUGGUCAGAGUACAAAAAAGCUAAUACUAUUAAAUAUCUUGUGUCCUGUACACGUAAUGGGUUAGUAAAUUAUAUUUCACCAGGUUAUGGGGAAGAAUUACAGAUACAUGUUUAGUUGAAUCUUGUGAUUUUAUUAAGUGUCUGCAACCUGGUAUGUGUGUCAUGGCCGAUAGAGGAUUUAAACAUGUAGAACCAUAUUUACGACAACAGGGAGUGCAGUUAGUACGGCCUCCAAGUGUUACAACUGGGUCUAAAUUAUCA